CCCCAAUAUGUCCCUGCCUCUUCGUUAGUCGAGACAUAAUGAUAUGAAUCUCACAUAUUAAAACAAUUAAAAACGCCUCUACAACCAAUUAAAAACCAUAUAUGGUUAUUCCAAAAAAAGCAUAUAUGGACUUCCUUACUCAAAUAGUCCAUAAUACUCUAAAUCACAUAUGUCUCUGCCUCUUAGUUGUUCGGCAACUUGUAUUUCUAGACAUCAGACCCACUACAGACAUUCAUAUGCCACACGUUUACAAAUGUUAGCCACCCAACAGAGUCUGACUCUCGGGCAUCUGAGAUUCACCGGACGCCUUUCAUGGCAAGAAUUCGGUCUUCUUGCAUCGCCGGUUUCACCUAUAUCCUCGAUGCUUCAAAUAGUCAUCGGCUUCCACAAAGCGUCUCCAGCUAGCCAGACUAUAAUUUUGAUUUUUGAGCGUCUUAUUCGUGUGUAUUUCAAAGGUAAGGAAAACAUUUUCUACACAAUACAUGUUUAAAUCAAAGUAGAUUGUAGUGGAAUUUAGGGAAUAUGAUAUUCACCCCUCAAAAUCAUCUAUCCAUAGUUGGUCUAGCAGAUCUAUAUUUUCUACACAGCUGCAUGUUUGAAUGUGAAAAUUGAACGAAUGAAGAAUGGGUUGAUGCUAUUCCGCCACAAUUAUGGUCCAUUUAUAGUUGUCAUGCCCCGGACCUACCCGGACACGUCAACAACUCGCCGUACAGUACGAAUAGUCAACCGUAGUCCGACUCAUCCAUACUAUACAAGGCGUCUUGAAUAUCAUUCACACAUAGUACAUCCAUAAACAAACAUAAUGUAAAACAUUUAUUAAAGGCAACGGAAACAAUUGAUACAAGUGUUCAAGCCACACUUGGCAUAAUUAGGCAUGCAAGCCCCCAAAGUAAUUAUUCAGAAAAUAUUAUCCAUGAGCAUUAUUCAUAUUGUUUUCAAAACAAGAACGGGAGAAGCACGAACCAAGUCUUCUCCUCAGAAACUUCCGAAGCAGCGGCUGGUAGUAGCAACCUUCAAGUUCUACCUGAAACUGUGAGGUGGCCUCCCCCGUGAAGGGGAGGUCAGUACUUGGAAGCAUUUGACAAGUACAAUGACAACUAUACUAAGUAUAAUCGAAGUUUAAAUCUCUAAGGCCCUCAAUCUAGAGCAU